AUGUUAGGCUCGGGCCCACUCGCGCCCGUCCUAUCAGCCACAUCCCGCGGGGUGGCGGGCGCGCUGCGGCCCCUGGUACAGGCCACGGUGCCCGCCACCUCGGAGUCGCCUGUGCUGGACUUGAAGCUCUCCGUCCUGUGCCAGGAGUCUCUCAGAGGCCAGGCCACGGGCUGGCCUUUGGUCGCUUCCGUGGGCCUCAAUGUCCCUGCUUCUGUUCGUUAUUCCCAUACAGACAUCAAAGUGCCUGACUUCUCUGACUAUCGUCGCCCUGAAGUGUUAGAUAGUACAAAGUCUUCAAAAGAGAGCAGUGAGGCUCGGAAAGGUUUUCCCUAUUUGAUAACUGCAAUAACUACUGUGGGUGUUGCAUAUGCUGCCAAGAAUGUCGUCUCUCAGUUUGUUUCCAGCAUGAGUGCUUCUGCCGAUGUGUUGGCCAUGUCGAAAAUUGAAAUCAAGUUAUCCGAUAUUCCAGAGGGGAAGAACAUGGCUUUCAAAUGGAGAGGCAAACCCCUGUUCGUGCGCCAUCGAACCAAGAAGGAAAUUGACCAGGAAGCUGCAGUUGAAGUGUCCCAGUUGAGGGACCCACAGCAUGACUUAGAACGAGUAAAGAAGCCUGAAUGGGUUAUCUUGAUAGGUGUUUGCACUCAUCUUGGUUGUGUACCCAUUGCAAAUGCAGGAGAUUUUGGUGGUUAUUACUGCCCUUGCCAUGGGUCACACUAUGAUGCGUCUGGCAGGAUCAGGAAGGGGUCUGCACCUCUCAACCUUGAAGUUUCCUCAUAUGAGUUCACCAGCGAUGAUAUGGUGAUUGUUGGUUAG